AUGAAAGAAGAGAAGUUCGAACAGCCCGGGCAGGCGCCAUUGCCGUUCAUGGAGAUGUUCGAGGGAUUCCGAGCAGAGCUGGACGAGCACCACGACCGACGCGAAAGAAUCAUCAAAGCGUCGCGCGACAUCACCGCCGCAAGCAAGAAGAUCAUCUUCACUCUACAAAGGGUUCGGACGCUUGGUCAAUCAGUCCCUCCGUUCGUUGUCAAAGGCAACGCACAAUACUGGGAGAUUAUCGAAAAGCAGUAUCAGCACAUUGCUGCCGAUGUCCAGGGCCUGAAUGCUUUCCGCUACCCUCAAAUCACAGGCGGCAACCAGGAGUUCAUGGAAGCACUGAGCUUCCACCAUUACCUGGAGACGCAAACGCUUAUCUCGUAUGAUGACGCCAAAGCCCGCGUAGCUUCUAUGAGCGGCGACACUGGAGCAGUACUGCUGACUCCGGAGGACUACAUCCUCGGCAUCUUCGACAUGGUGGGCGAGCUGAUGCGCUUCUCGAUCACAGCCAUGGCCACCAACGGCAAACUGCCAGCAGGCAAGCCCAAGAAGGAAGUCCGGUCCGCCAAGAAGGAGGAAUCCGAGGACCAGGGCGCAGACAAAAUGGAUGUUGACGAGCAGACGCCAGCAGCAACGCCGGCCGAAGAACCGCGCAAUGUCCUUUCGGACCUCCGAGCAUUGCGACUACAGCUCGAGAUCUUCGAGCCGGGAGGCGGAAAGUUUGGAGCGGACGUGAAGAAAAAGGCGGAUGUCAUGAGGGAAUGCGUGGACAAGGUCGAAAAGGCGCUGUAUCAGCUCACGGUGCGUGGCACUGAGCGGCCAAAGGGCUGGGUGCCCGACGUGAGAGAGGAGAGGCGGCCUGAGCUGGAAAGCUACUAG